GCUGGCCAACAGCGUUGGUGGGAGCAGGAGAUUACAGUGAAUGGCAAUAUCCAAAAGGGAGAGUUAAUCACCUACAACCUGACUGAGCUGAUCAAGCCUGAGGCCUAUGAAGUCCGUCUGACACCCAUCACCAGGUUUGGGGAGGGAGACUCUACCAUUCGGGUCAUCAAGUACAGUGCUCCAGUGAAUCCACAUCUACGAGAGUUCCACUGUGGCUUUGAGGAUGGGAACAUUUGCCUUUUCACACAAGAUGACACAGACAACUUUGACUGGACAAAACAAAGCACUGCCACGAGGGACACCAAGUACACCCCGAACACGGGGCCCAACGCUGACCGCACGGGCUCCAAGGAAGGUUUCUACAUGUACAUUGAGACAUCCCGGCCCAGACUGGAGGGGGAGAAGGCCAGACUGGUCAGUCCUGUCUUCAGCGUCGCUCCCAAGAACCCUUAUGGAGCCACCAACACAGCCUACUGCUUCAGCUUCUACUAUCACAUGUAUGGACAGCACAUAGGAAGCUUGAACGUUUACCUGCGCUUGAAGGGUCAGACUGCAAUAGAGAACCCUCUGUGGUCUUCAAGUGGAAACAAGGGGCAGCACUGGAACCAAGCUCGUGUGAAUAUCAACCCUCCCACUUCAUUCCAGCUGAUAUUUGAAGGGAUCCGUGGCCCUGGCAUUGAGGGGGACAUUGCUAUUGAUGAUGUGUCCAUUGUGGAAGGAGAGUGUAUGAAAUCAGACCAACCAGCCAACAAUUUACGAUCAGGUGCUGUUGGGACAUUAGAGCAUAUACGACUUCUCCCAGUUCUCAUCCUCAUGUCUGUCUUAAGUCAUCAGAGGUGACCUUAUCCUGGCAGAGGCUACAACAGAUUCAACAGGCACUGGCAUGAAGAAAGAGUCUUUGUUCAAAAUGGACAUUUCCAAACAAACUACCAAAGAUUCCUCCACUGACUGACUCGAAAGUGAAAUAACUACAUAAAUAACUGAGCAUAAAAACAAUUCAGAAAGCACUGGGGACAUGAAAAGGCAUCACAGGAGUGUAACUCACUGGGAACCACGUGUGAGGACGAGAUCUGGCCUAAGGAAGGAAGAGACCUUCAGGUGCUUUUGUGGUCACUGAUGAAAACAGCAUCAUCUGGUUGAACUCUCGGCAAAGAGCUGUAGAAACCCUUGUCAAAGCACAAAGUCAUGGCUGGUUUUGUUUCAAAUGAAUAGUUUGCUUGUUACCAUGGAAACCUAAAGGCCUGCCAAAACAACAAAAUGAAGGAGAGAGAGGAAAUAAACACAAAAAAGAGAGCAACACCUCACUGUACACAGGGUAUGUG